AUGGCGGUUCCACUCUUUCAGCCUUUCAGAGCGUUGGGAUACAUCACCGACGAUAUACCCUUCGCAGUCCAAAGGUUGGGCAGAGAAGCUUUUGUGACUGUAAGCGCAGGGAAGGCUUGGCAGGUGUACAACUGCAGUCAGCUCCGGCUUUCUCUGGUUGGACCACAGCUGCCGCACACCAUCCAGGCGCUGGCUAGCAAAGGAGAGUUGGUGUUUGCCGCUGUCAAAGGCGACAUCAUCGCAUGCAAGCGAAUGCACAGGGAAGGCGUGUACAGCGGGCAUACUGGAACUAUCCUGCAGCUGCUGUGCAUGGGGGACCAUCUGCUGAGCCUGGGCAGUGAUAGCAAGUUGCUGCUGUGGAAGAUUGGUGAUUUUGACAAGCCCCAGGUGUCGAUGGACCUGGGAGAUGGCUUCAGUCCUGCCUGCAUGGCGCACCCAGACACAUACCUGAACAAGGUCUUGGUUGGGGGCGCAAAGGGCCGCAUGCAGCUGUGGAACUUCAGCAAGGGAGUGCGCCUUUUCGAGUUCACUGUGGCCGACAGCGACGUCAAGUGCAUCGUGUCCUCGCCUGCCCUUGACGUUGUGGGCGUUGGUCUGGCUGACGGGCGAGCACUGCUCCACAACAUCCGCUUUGAUGAGCCGGUGGCAUCGUUUGCGAAUGCAUCUGGCACUGGCACCAAUGAUGAGGCGUUCCUGGGUGCCGGAGUGCCGCUGAUGGCGGCGGGCGGCGGCGCGGGCGCGAUCACAGUGUGGGAUCUGGAGAAGCGGCGGCUGCACACGAUCAUCCGCGAUGCGCACGACGCGCCAAUCACGACGCUGCACUUCUUCCCGGGCGAGCCGCGGCUGAUGAGCGCCGGCGCCGACAACGCGAUCAAGCAGUGGGUGUUCGACGCGAUCGACGGCACCGCUCGGCUGCUGCGCUUCCGGAGCGGCCAUGCCGCGCCGCCCACGUGCCUCAAGUACUAUGGGGAGGCUGGCACGCGCCUGCUCUCCGCAGGCCAGGACAGGGCGUUCCGCAUGUUCUCGGUGAUCCAGGACCAGCAGAGCAGCGAGCUGAGCCAGGGGCACAUCGCCAGCCGGGCCAAGCGCCUCAAGGUGGACCAGCAGGAGCUCAAGCUGCCCCGCGUCACCGCCCUCGACGCCUGCCAGCUGCGUGAGAGGGACUGGUGCAACGUGAUAUCGGCGCACGAGGGUGACACGGCGGCGUACACGUGGCGGCUGAGUCACCUCUCGCUGGGGGAGCAUGUGCUGCGGCCGCGACGCAAGCGCGAGCGGGGCGCAGACGCCGCGCCGGACGCCCCGGUGACGGCCGUCGCGAUCAGCUGCUGCGGCAAUUUUGGCCUGGUCGGCACCGCCGCUGGUCGCGUGGACCGCUAUAACAUGCAGUCCGGCCUGCACCGCGGCUCCUAUAACAGGCAUGCUGCCAAUAUUAUUGCUAUAUUAUUUAAUGCGCACGAGGGAGCUGUGGUGGGCGUGGCAGCGGAUGCCUGCAACAAGCUGCUGGUGACGGGGGGACUGGACGGGCGGCUGCGCAUCUGGGCCUUCAAGGGGCGCCAGAUGAGGGAUGAGAUUGCUCUGGGCAGCCCCCCCACCCACCUGUGCCACCACGCCAACAGCGCCCUGCUCUCUGUCGCCUGCGACGACCUUGUCAUCCGCAUGUAUGAUGUUGAGGCGGUGAGGAGCGUGCGCCAGUUCAAGGGCCACACAGACCGCAUCACGGACCUGCACAUGAGCGCAGACGCCCGCUGGCUGCUGUCCGCCUCGCUGGACGGCACCGUGCGCGCCUGGGACGUUCCCUCCUCCAUGUGCCUCCAGGCAAGCACACCGGUGACAGCGCUGAGCCUGAGCCCGGCCAUGGACAUGCUGGCGACCGCCCACGUGAACCGCCGCGGCAUCUACCUCUGGUCCAACUCAGCCAUCUACGGCUCCGGCGCCGACAUCCGGCCGUCCAACAAGCCCGUCGACGCGCGCCUGCCCGCCCUCUCAGCCGAUGAGGAGAUGGAAGAGGCGGGGCCGAGCGGGCGUGUAUCUGUGGUGGAUGCCAGCGGGGCGCCGGUGCCGCUGCACCCGGCGCUGGUGACGCUCGCGCUGCUGCCGCGCAGCCAGUGGCAGGGCCUCGUGCACCUGGACGCCAUCAAGGAGCGCAACAGGCCGACUGAGCCGCCCACAAAGCCAGCAGCGGCGCCGUUCUUCCUGCCCACCAUACCUGGCCUGGAAGGCAACCCGGUGUUUGACACAGAAGCAGACGCCGAUCAGAAUAUAGAGGAGGAUGAUUCAUUGCAGGGUCUGAAUGCCACGCCACCUGUGUCGGAUCUGGCACGGCUGCUGCUGGAGGGCCGCCGAGCUAAGGACUACACACCACUGCUGAGCUAUCUGCGCGGCUUAAGUCCUUCAAAGCUGGAUGGAGAGCUGCGUGCCAUGCAGGUGCGAGCACUCCCUCACUUUGAACCAGGCAGCAAGGAGGAGCUGCAGGACCUGUGCAGGCUGCUGGACUUCCUCACAGUCGAGCUGGCCGCCAAUCGCAAUUAUGAGUUCAUGCAGGCGCUGCUUCGACUCACACUGCAGGUGCACGGAGAGGCGAUUGUGCAGGAGACAAAGCUGCGCAAGCGGGCAGUGAAGUUGGAGGAGAUUGUCAGAAAUCAAUGGGGCCGUAUGGAUGACCUGUUCCAGACUACUCGCAGCACGUUGUCCUUCCUUGGUAAUCUGCAAACGUAG